UUUCAGCAAUAUCACUUAAAGUAUUCAUUUAUCGCUAUUGAGGAAAAAGAGGAAACACGAGAAUUUACUUCAUUAACAUUUGCACAAAUAGACAAGUAUCAGGAAAAAUGCAUCGUGCAAGAUUAACGGGUGAUAAAGAUUCGGAUUACAAUAUGAAUAAUGAUUCCGAAAGACAAAAAUUAUUUAACGGACGAAUGAAUCGACGAUUUACUCUCAAUCCAUUAAUUUUUGCUAAAGAGGAACGUGAACUUAGGCGACAGUCAUUAGCACAACUGAAAUUAUCAUAUUAUCCAAAAAACGCCCAUCCUGAUACAUAUGAUAGCAGCGUUGGAUUUUGCGGAUGGUUUUUCAUUAUGCUUACCUGGAUUAUACUCUUUUCCACAUUUCCCAUAUCUGUUUGUUUCUGUCUUAAGAUAGCACGAGAAUAUGAAAGAGCUGUAAUAUUUCGAUUGGGUAGGUUAAUUGGAGGUGGCGCAAAAGGUCCAGGAAUAUUUUUUGUAUUACCAUGCGUAGAAACAUAUGCUAAAGUGGAUUUACGUACAGUAUCAUUUAAUGUACCACCGCAGGAGAUUCUAACAAAAGAUUCUGUAACGGUAAGCGUAGAUGCUGUAGUAUACUAUCGGAUAUGUAAUGCUACUAUAUCAGUGGCAAAUGUAGAAAAUGUUCAUCAUUCUACCAGAUUACUAGCACAAACAACAUUACGUAAUAUGCUUGGUACCAAAAAUUUAUCGGAAAUUUUAUCCGAUCGUGAUGCUAUCGCCCUAUCUAUGCAGGUACUUCUGGAUGAUGUCACGGAAAGGUGGGGAAUUAAAGUCGAAAGAGUUGAAAUAAAAGAUGUCCGUCUUCCGGUCCAGUUACAGCGUGCGAUGGCUGCUGAAGCGGAAGCAACUCGUGAAGCCAGAGCAAAGGUUAUCGCAGCAGAGGGUGAACAAAAAGCAUCACAUUCCUUGCAGGAAGCAGCACUGACUAUAUCAAAAUCGCCUGCAGCACUACAAUUACGCUAUCUGCAAACACUCAGUAGUGUCGCUGCCGAAAAAAAUUCGACGAUAAUUUUUCCGCUACCAAUGGAACUUAUUCGGCAUUUUAUCGAAUGAUUCAAAAAUGGCAUGCUUGCUUAAUCACA